UGUCAUUUGUCUGAAGGAAUUUGGAUAGAUCACACGCUUAACUUGGACUUUAAAAAGGAAAUCCUAUUUGGCUCUGUCGCAGUAAGUAACAAGUUAACGCUUCUCGGACACCAUAACGUUCAUCAUACAGAAUAAAUAAAUAAAACAGACCGAUAAUUUUCUCCUGCGCCCUGAAAAUAAAGAGGAACUAACUUUAGCUAAACUAGGAGCUAACCGAUUAUUAGCAGUCCUAGCACGAGCUACACUAAGACUCCAGAAGUGGUUUGCUUUGACGGUGUAAACAAACUGAAUCUUUUUGCCGGUUAGAAAUAAAGAAGACGUUGAAACACAAUGAGCAAGCAACCCCAGAGUAUAGAACUUGGUGCCAAAGUCAAUCCAGCCAAUUUCGACAGCAGCAAGAUGGCCGACAUGACGGUGGAAGAUAUGGCAAUGAGAGCAAACCAAGUGACUGACGAGUCUCUUGAGAGCACUAGACGGAUGCUGCAGAUGGCAGAAGAGAGCAAGGAGACAGGAGUUAAAACCAUGGUCAUGUUGGAUCAGCAGGGAGAACAACUGCGUCGUGUGGAGCAGGGCAUGGACCAGAUCAAUCAGGACAUGAGGCAGGCUGAGAAGAACCUGACCGACCUGUCAAAGUGCUGUGGCCUGUGUGUCUGUCCCUGUGAUAGAGUGAGGUCUAUUGAGAAUGAUGGGCGGUACAAACGCACUUGGGGCACUGGAAGUGAAACUGCCAGCACAGAAGGAGGUAAUGGAGGCGUGGUUUCCAGCCAACCAGGGAGCCACCACAAUGGCCAGGCAACAACAUCUUCCGGUCCCUAUAUCAAAAGAGUAACGAAUGAUGCACGUGAAGAUGAGAUGGAGGAGAACCUGGAACAGGUGGGCAGCAUCAUCGGGAAUUUGAAGACCAUGGCUCUGGACAUGGGCAAUGAGAUCGACAAACAGAACAAGACCAUCGGCCGCAUUAAUGAUAAGGCUGACAUGAAUAAAGCUCGUAUUGAUGAAGCCAACCAGAGAGCCAACAAGCUCCUGUAGAGAAGCGAUUUGGACAGAACAAGCAGCUUCUCUUUCCUCCCUCUCCCACACUCUAUCCCAUGCACACAUACAAGCACCUAUUCAUUUUUAUAGGGCAAAGAAUUUCAGCUUUAGAAAUGUUCUUCCGGUGCCACCUGUGCCUUUAUCGUUGUUUUUAGAUGCUAUUUUGUAAAUAGUACUGUACACACACUGCCUCAUUCAGGUCUUCAUCACUAGAUGCGAGAUAGAUGCUGGAUACACAGCGUGUUGUUAUGCAAUAUGCUCUGGUGAUCGCUGUCCUGAUUUUCUGUCAGCGUUGCUGUUUUGAUGGCCUCUCCUUACUUGGGUCAGCAUGGCUGAUUUAUUAUUAUUAUUAUUAUUAUUAUUUUGGCCACAAAUGGACCAGAGACUUGUAUCUAAUGUUUCCACAGGUCUGUGUGUAUUUUCCCCUAUUAGGCUGUAAUAUGAGUUUAUAUUAACUUACUCAUAUUAGGGUUAUUAUAUAAAUGUUUACUUGUUGUAUCCAUCCAUCUGUCCUUGAUUGUGUCUGUAUUUAAUUAUAAAAUGGCAGUGAAUUAACUUGUAAAUGAAUUAAUGAAAUGUUUAAUGGAUGUAUCUUACUGGCCCACUCUGUUUUGGUUAAGAAUAAAUUGAGUGUUAAAAAGUGCACACACACACACAUGCUGUUGGCAUGCAGAAAGAAAAAUAUAUGGUUAUUUUUCAGCAUUAAAUCAAUAGAUCUGAUUUGUUAAAGUUAAAUAUCCAUUUUGAUUUUAAUAAAGCAAAUACAGUGCCUUUACACAGAUAUGAUUCAUCCUUAUCUCCAACCAGCAGGUGGCAUUGUUUCAUUUGAAAAAUGACAGCCUGAAAACGUGGGAUCGCUUGGACAAUUUUUUAAGUUAUGGCUCUUCUUCAGCUUUAAUAUUUUUUAAUUUUCUACUUCUUCAAUCACACUCACACUAGCUAGUGAAUUUCAAAACGUUAAAACGGAAAUGUUACGUCGAUGAGUUUUAUUUUAAAACUUUUCCUCCUAGAAUUCACACCCAGUGGUUAUCCAUUAGAUGAAAUGAUUUGUUGCACUGGUUCUAUAAACUCUUCUGUGACUUUCACAAAUAAAAAUUCACCAGUUCA